GUUGCAAGUGAAUUCAGCUCUGCUUAACUGCCUGUUUAUACAUGAAAUGAGCCUACAAAAACUCAAACUGAAGCUAACAAGUUUUUACAAGGAAAAUGUAAAAAGCACAUCGGGAUUCUGAGAACAUCUUUCUUAUACUGCUGGGAUUUUCCCCACCCUAUUGGAAACAUUCAGGCUAAAGUACAUUCACUCACGCUGCUGUCUGACAGAAUGAAGACACAAGAACAUGAUGGGAAAAUCAGUGACUGCUAAUUGUGCCUGGGACAGCAACCUCGGCAUGAUUUUACUUAUUUGCAAGACUCUGGAAAUGCUUUAAACCCCCCUUCCUUUUCCUUUUGAGAAUGAACAACAGCUCAGGACUGACAGCAUAUGUUGAAAAUGGCAAUUCAUCAAACUCAACAAAUUUCAUGAACCAGAAAAUAUCAGUAUUUUUUUCAAUCAUAUUUAUGACAGUGGGGAUAAUAUCCAACAGCCUGGCAAUAGCAAUCCUCCUUAAGGCCUAUCAGAGAUUCAAAAAGAAAUCAAAGGCAUCAUUUCUACUGUUUGCCAGUGGGUUGGUGAUCACUGAUCUGUUUGGCCAUCUCAUUAAUGGAACCAUUGCUGUUUUCGUUUAUGCAUCCAAAAGGGACUGGCUACGGUUUGAUUAUUCAAAUAUUCUCUGCAGUGUUUUUGGCAUGUGUAUGGUAUUUUUUGGUCUCUGUCCACUUUUACUUGGUAGUGUGAUGGCAGUGGAACGAUGCAUAGGAGUCACACAGCCAAUAUUUCACUCUACAAAAAUGACAUCAAAACAUGUAAAAAUUAUUUUGUCUUUGGUUUGGCUCUUUGCCUUUUUAGUUGCUUUGAUGCCUAUUCUCACCGAACGGGGAUACCAUAUUCAGGCAACCAGAACUUGGUGCUUUAUAAAAACUGAACAUAUUGAAGAGUGGAGAGAUCAGUUUAAUCUGCUGCUUUUCUCCUUCUUAGGGAUAUUGUCCCUUGCUGUUUCUUUCAUGUGCAAUGCAAUUACUGGUAUAACUCUUCUUAGAUCUAAAAUAAGGAAUCACCAAUAUAGACAAGGAAGAUCUCAUCAUAUAGAAAUGAUUGUCCAACUUUUGGCGAUAAUGUGUGUCUCGUGCAUUUGCUGGACUCCAUUCCUGGUUACGAUGGCUAACAUUGUAUUCAGUGGAGAUGAACCACUGCAGACUCGUGCAACAAUUCUAUUCGCUCUUCGAAUGGCCACAUGGAAUCAGAUUUUAGAUCCUUGGGUGUACAUCCUUCUGAGGAAAACAGUCCUAAAAAAACUCUUCAGGAUUGCAAGGCGUUGCUGCGGCAUAGAAGUCAUAAGUUUACACACUUGGGAAUUUAGCUCUAUCAAAAAUUCACUUAAAGGUGCCACAUUAUCUGACUCGCCAAGCUGUACCCCAGCAAAUGCAUUCAAAAGUAGUCACAAAACUGACACUGAAAGAAAAUGUGAACUCAGUGAAACCAAAUAAAUUGCUUAGGCCCUUUUCAGAUUAAAAAGCAUAUUUGAGCAGUAUUUUUUGAUUAAUACAUUUCACUACAAGUUGUUCAAUUUCCAGACAAAUUGACUUGUUAGUUACCUGCAGCUCUGCCUAGUCACACAAAUAAUCCUGGCUCAGAAUGCCUCAGCACCAUGGCAAACUGUUACUGGACCUUUGCCAGGAUAUCAUCACACUCUGCUAAAUAAAGCAAAAGGUAAAUAAGCCAAUGUGAGUUAUUGGAAUAAAUCAGCUUAUUGGUAUUAUGUAUGUGAAAUUUGAGUAACACGUUUUAAUGAUUAGAUUACUUUUACACAGUUCAAACAGCCAAAGAAUGCUUCCCCUACUAUGUUAAUAGUUAUAAAUAAAAAAGCCAAAAGCUAAACUCUGUGAAUAUAGCAAGCACUUUGGAAUUCUCCAAAUAUAUAUUUUUGUUACAAAAUAAAUAUAGCUCUUUUUAUUGUUUAGUUUCAUUUGUAUGUUUAAAUGUGCAAUACCACUAUAUGUAUAAGCUGCAAAAAGAAUUCCUGGUAGUAUUUAAUUUAAGAGAGAGUUAAGCUAUCUUCUACCUGCCCAACCCAUUGCCUUGUUUUAUUAUGUUAUGUUUUUCUUUUAGAACUGUCCUGGUGACUGAAUGUUUUAUGUCUCUCCCCACGGGGAUAAAAUCAUUUUAAUAAGGAGAAAAAACUUUGCAGUUGAACAAAUGAAUUUAUUUCCCAGUAAACAAGGAAAUAAUCCUGGUUUUACUUCCGCAUGAUAUCAGGAAAAUGACAAAGACUUUCUUAGUCACAAUUAUCCCUGAGGGUUAAUGUUUAUACAUUUUAUUUAUAUAAGGUUAUCCAUUCUGAAAGUUAAGGCUACAGGGUUUGACUGAUGUAAAUUGUUUUGUGCAAUAUUUGUAAAUAUAUGUAGAUCAUGCAUACAUUAAAUGGUCUUUAUUUCCAAA